GCGGUCCAGUAAAAGAAGAAGAGGCGGUCCGGCUCAUCUAACUGCACCAUGGAUGCUACUGUUGCCAAAAAACCAAAGCUAUGCAGAUUCUUCUUUCCUUUGGAAAAGCAAUUGAUGUUAUUUCCCAUUUUAAUUCUGCUGAUAAACCAGGCCUCUAAAAUGAACGCCGAGGACGGCGUUAUGGAGGAACUGGCUUCUGAGAAAGAGGCAGAAGAAAGUCAUCGACAGGACAGUGUGAAUUUAUUGACAUUCAUUUUACUGCUGACAUUAACAAUUCUAACCAUUUGGCUUUUCAAACACAGAAGAGUUCGUUUUCUCCAUGAGACCGGGUUGGCAAUGAUAUACGGACUGUUGGUAGGUGUGAUCCUGCGUUAUGGAAUCCCAGCCACCAGCUACCACAAAAAAACUCCUCCCAGCUGUUCUCUUGAGGAGGGGCCAGUCAGUGAGCUCCUGCUGAACGUCAGUGGGAAGUUCUUUGAGUACACGCUGAAAGGAGAGAUCAACUCCAGGGAGAUACACAACGUGGAGCAGAAUGACAUGCUGCGUAAGGUUACCUUUGACCCUGAAGUAUUCUUCAAUAUUCUGCUACCUCCAAUCAUUUUCCAUGCUGGAUAUAGUCUCAAAAAGAGACACUUCUUCAGGAACCUGGGCUCCAUCAUAACCUAUGCCUUCCUAGGAACAGCUAUCUCAUGCUUCGUCAUUGGAAACCUGAUGUAUGGCGUGGUGAAGCUGAUGCAGUUCCUAGGGCAGCUGACUAACAAGUUCUACUACACAGACUGUCUUUUCUUUGGCGCCAUCGUCUCUGCCACUGACCCAGUGACGGUGCUGGCCAUCUUCAAUGAGCUCCAUGCAGAUGUGGAUCUUUAUGCCCUGCUGUUUGGAGAGAGUGUCAUGAACGACGCAGUGGCCAUCGUCCUCUCCUCGUCUAUUGUAGCCUAUCAGCCGGCUGGAGCCAGCACACACACCUUCGACGUCACAGCCUUCUUCAAGUCAGUGGGGGUUUUCCUGGGCAUCUUCAGUGGAUCCUUCGCCAUGGGAGCCGUCACCGGAGUGCUCACUACGAUCGUGACCAAGUUCACCAAGCUGCACUGUUUCCCCCUGUUGGAGACAGCCCUCUUCUUCCUCAUGUCCUGGAGCACCUUCCUAUUGGCCGAGGCCUGCGGGUUCACAGGUGUCGUGGCGGUGCUAUUCUGUGGGAUCACGCAGGCCCACUACACAUACAACAACCUGUCUGAGGAGUCCACCAAGCGCACCAAGCAGCUGGCCAUCUUCAUAGGCCGUGCCGCCAACAUCUACCCCCUCUCCUUCCUGCUCAACCUGGGACGCAGGAACAAGAUCAGGGGCAACUUCCAGCACAUGAUGAUGAUGGCAGGCCUGCGGGGGGCGAUGGCGUUUGCCCUGGCAAUCCGGGACACAGCUACCUACGCUCGCCAGAUGACCUUCACCACCACCCUCCUCAUCGUCUUCUUCACCGUCUGGGUGUUUGGAGGAGGGACCACCCCCAUGUUGUCAUGGCUACACAUUAGGGUCAGAGUGGACCCAGAUCAAGACCUGCAACAAUGUGGAGAUAACUUCCUGCUCUUUCAAGGGGACGAGACAACGCCAGAAGUCAGUAAGACCAAGCGGGAGAGUGCCUGGCUCUUCAGGCUGUGGUACACCUUCGAUCACAACUACCUGAAGCCCAUGUUGACCCACAGCGGUCCUCCUCUCACCACUACCCUGCCAUCCUGCUGUGGUGCCCUGGCACGAUGCUUCACCAGCCCUCAGGCCUACGAGAACCAUGAGCAGCUGAGAGACGACGACUCCGACCUGAUCCUGAAUGACGGCGACCUGGCGCUGACCUACGACGACACGGCCAUCACGGCUAAAGGGGCGUCCGGUGGAGGUGCGGACGCGGGCUGGGGGGUCAACGGGAAGAGGAGCAGCAGCACGUCUGAAGAGGCACUAGAGAGAGAGAUGAACCAGGAAUUCCUGUCCCGCAGCACACGCCUCGUCUUUCCCAUCGAAGACCACGCCUGACCCCCUACACCAUGACCCCAUGAACCCUCGCCCUCCACCCCACACACACCAGACUAUGGGAGGAGAGGAGGAGAAUAGAAUAAUAGGAGAGGAGGAGAAUAGGAGAGGAGGGUUGGACGAAAGGGCUUGGUUUAAAACAGGGCUGAUAUUAGAUGUAAUUUAUUCCCGGGAUGGGACCUCCUGUGUGUGCACCCAAAACAAUACAUUGCAGCUAAACUAGCUUAGUGUAGGAUAGCAUGGGUCUGGUUUGGCCUUUUCUCUGCUAAUAGUCAACAUAGAACAACAUCAUAGCAGCCCAUUCAUAGGCCUAUGCUUCAUCAUAGCAGCCCAUUCAUAGGCCUAUACUACAUCAUAGCAGCCCAUUCAUAGGCCUAUGCUACAUCAUAGCAGCCCAUUCAUAGGUCUAUGCUACAUCAUAAUAGCAGCCCAUCCAUAGGUCUAUGCUACAUCAUAAUAGCAGCCCAUUCAUAGGCCUAUGCUACAUCAUAAUAGCAGCCCAUUCAUAGGCCUAUGCUACAUCAUAGCAGCCCAUUCAUAGGUCUAUGCUACAUCAUAGCAGCCCAUUCAUAGGUCUAUGCUACAUCAUAGCAGCCCAUUCAUAGGUCUAUGCUACAUCGUAAUAGCAGCCCAUUCAUAGGUCUAUGCUACAUCAUAGCAGCCCAUUCAUAGGCCUAUGCUACAUCAUAGCAGCCCAUUCAUAGGUCUAUGCUACAUCAUAGCAGCCCAUUCAUAGGCCUAUGCUACAUCGUAUGCUACAUAGGUCUAUGCUUCAAAUUAAACAAUACGGAAACACAUCUGAUUAGUAGGCUAUAUCAUCAGUUCAAUGUCAAUAACAUAUCCUAAUAUUUUCACUCUGAUUACACUGAUAAAAUCACCAAUGUCUAUAUUAAAUUCGUUUUUUGAUAUUUCUUCGUGCAUUUAUUGGGGAAAAACAGCUUGCAAAUCAAGAGAAAAUGUCCUCUGUAAAAUAAACUCCAAAGAAAGGUGGAUAAUAAAAAUAGAAGUUUCCGGGAAGAAUGUACAGAGAAACAGGCCCUGUCACAUUUCUCCGAUAUCAGUGUGUCUUGUUUCUAACAAAACGGUUGCUGUUUACAAGUGAUGAAAUAUUAGACAUAUUCUUAUGAAUCUGAGCAUGGCACUUUCAAACGUUACCUUUCUACCCAGACAGACGCUCGACCGACGCGGAAAAACGUAAGCGUCAACUUGCUGGCUACUCGUCCGUUGCGUUAACCCAACAGCCAAAGUGCUUCCCUAAAAGCUGCCUGGGUUUAAAACCUGUCC